AAAUCUCCCGGCAUGCCUUGCUGCAGGCCGAGAAGAAGAGGCGUCACGAUGGAGUCCGCAGGUGGCUGAAGCUACAAACCUCUUUCAGUUCAGUUGAAUAAAGUGAGACGUCCAUGUUUGUUCAGAGGAACUCUUUCCGGAGGAUCCCAGUCAGCGACCGCUAGAUAUCCGACUCUGCGGCGGAGCUUGUGGGUUUUAGCAGGUCAUCAUGGCGACGGACAUCGGCUCGCCGCAGCGCUUCUUCCACAUGCCGCGCUUCCAGCACCAGGCGCCGCGGCAGGUGUUCUACAAGAGGCCGGACUUUGCCCAGCAGCAGGCCAUGCAGCAGCUCACCUUCGACGGGAAGCGCAUGAGGAAGGCCGUGAACCGCAAAACCAUUGACUACAACCCGUCUGUCAUCAGACACCUGGAGAAUCGUUUGUGGCAGCGAGACCAUCGAGACUUCAGAGCCUUGCAGCCAGACGCCGGCUGUUAUAACGACCUGGUUCCUCCUGUGGGCAUGUGUAACAACCCGAUGAACGCCGUCACCACAAAGUUUGUCCGAACCUCCACCAACAAAGUCAAGUGUCCCGUGUUUGUGAUCAGGUGGACUCCUGAAGGUCGUCGUCUGGUCACUGGAGCCUCCAGUGGAGAGUUCACUCUGUGGAAUGGACUCACUUUCAACUUUGAAACCAUUUUACAGGCCCACGACAGUCCAGUUCGGGCCAUGACCUGGUCUCAUAACGACAUGUGGAUGCUGACUGCGGACCAUGGCGGCUACGUGAAGUACUGGCAGUCCAACAUGAACAACGUCAAGAUGUUCCAGGCUCACAAGGAGGCCAUUAGAGAAGCCAGCUUUUCUCCAACAGAUAAUAAAUUUGCCACCUGCUCGGAUGACGGCACCGUUCGGAUCUGGGACUUCAUGCGCUGCCACGAGGAGAGGAUCCUCCGAGGUCACGGUGCUGAUGUGAAGUGUGUCGACUGGCAUCCCACCAAAGGUCUGGUGGUCUCCGGCAGUAAAGACAGCCAGCAGCCGAUCAAGUUCUGGGACCCAAAGACAGGACAGAGUCUGGCCACACUUCACGCCCACAAGAACACGGUGAUGGAGGUGAAGUGGAACCUCAAUGGCAACUGGCUGCUGACGGCAUCACGGGACCACCUGUGCAAACUGUUUGACAUCAGGAACCUGAAGGAGGAGCUGCAGGUGUUCAGAGGACACAAGAAGGAGGCCACAGCCGUGGCCUGGCAUCCCGUCCACGAAGGCCUGUUUGCCAGCGGAGGCUCUGAUGGCUCUCUGCUCUUCUGGCACACCGGGGUGGAGAAAGAGGUUGGCGGCAUGGAGAUGGCUCAUGAGGGGAUGAUCUGGAGUCUGGCCUGGCACCCGCUGGGCCACAUCCUGUGCUCCGGGUCCAACGACCACACCAGUAAGUUCUGGACGAGGAACCGACCCGGAGAUAAGAUGAGAGACCGGUACAACCUGAACCUGCUGCCCGGCAUGUCAGAGGACGGCAUGGAGUACGACGACAUAGACCUGAACAGCAUGGCCUCCAUCCCUGGUAUGGGGAUCCCCGAGCAGCUGAAGGCCGCCAUGGAGCAGGAGCAGAGCAGUAAAGAGGCGGCUCCUGAGGUGGAGAUGUCCAUCCCCGGUCUGGACUGGGGCAUGGAUGAGGUCAUGGGUAAAGACACCAAGAAGGUCCCGCAGAAGAAAGUCCCGUACGCCAAACCGAUCCCGGCACAGUUCCAACAGGCCUGGGCAGAGAACAAAGUGCCCAUGAUGCCACCUGGAGGAGAUUUGGGCAAAGACCGCAAGGUGGAGCAGAAAGUGGAUGGCAAAAAGAAAAGCCAGUCGGAAAUGGAGCAGGAGAUGUCAGCGCUGCAGUACACCAACCCGAUGCUGCUGGAGCAAAUGAAGAUGGACCGGAUGAACACAGACGGGAGCAUGGGGCCCCCGCAGGGACCAGGCCCGAUGCCCCCCUUCCCUGGAGGCCCCGGCGGCCCAAUGCCUGCUGGCCAGCAGGGUUUUCCCCCAAACAUGCCUCCUCAGCAAAUGCCCAACAACAUGGGGCCUCCAAUGGGCCCCGGAGGCAUGCAGCCUCCUUUUAUGCCCCCUGGACCCCAGCCACACCAGGGAACCCCUCAGGGCAUGAUGGGACCACCAGACAUGCAAGGACCCCAAGGUAUGCAGAGACACCCAGGCCCGCCAAGGAAUAUGGGGCCUCAUGGUUUGGGGCCCAGAGGGAUGCAGGGGCCCCAUGGUGGGAUGAUGGGACCCCCUCCUCGAGGAAUGGGUCCAAGGGAUCCUCAGGGUCCUCCACCUCAGGGGGGCAUGAUGCAACCUCAGGGCAACAUAAUGGGCCCGCAGGGUGGGAUGAUGGGGCCCCCACCCAGGACACACGGCAACGUGCCAAACAACUAUGGGAUGGGCAACAUGCAGGGGCCCCCGGGAGGGUUACAUGGGCCUCCAGGAAAUAUGCAGGGUCCCCCAGGUAACAUGCAGGGACCCCAUGGAAACAUGCAGGGAGCCCAAGGUAACAUACAAGGACCCCAUGGGAACAUGCAGGGACCCCCAUACAUUCAGCACCAGAACUCGGGGCCGAUGAUGCAUGGGAUGGGGCAGCAGGGGCCCAACAACAAAGACCCUCGGGGACCGCCGCCCAAUCAUCACAUGGGCCCUUCAGACCGGCAGGGACCUGGGGGACCGGACCAGAGCUCAAGUUCUUACUGGGGAGACAACCAGCAGGGGCGUCGUGGAGCGCAGGACUUUGAUGGAGGCCAGGACUUCCAUAGCAGAGAGGAGAGCUGGAGACCAGGAUACCAGGGUGGAGGAGGGGGACACCGGGGGGCAGGACACCGAGGAGGAGGGGGCAACGUAGGGAACUGGGGCCCCGACGAGAGGUUCACCGGAGGAGAGUUCAGAGGACGGAGAGACGACAGGUUCAGAGGAGGCGGCCCCGGCCGGCCCGGAGCUCGAGGUUACCCCGAAGAGUACGGCAGCCAGGAGGAGGGCUUCGACGGCUCGGAGGAGAUGGGGAGGGGCUGGGACAACACGGGGCGAGGGAGGCCCCCCCGAGGAGGAGGUCCACCCAGAGGAGGUCACGAUGGCUACCGGGACGGCCAGCCGAUGCACGACGGGUCGUCUCCGGCUGGCCGUGAGCGCUCCGCCUCCCUUCAGGGGAUGGACAUGGCGUCUCUGCCCCCCCGGAAGCGCCCGUGGCAGGACGGACCGGGAACCGGAGACCCCCGAGAGCGAGAGUCCCCGGGAGCUGACGGAGGACGCCCCCCCCAGAGGGAGGACGGGGGCUACGGGCCACCUAGUCGAGGCGGACGAGGCGGAUGGGGUCCCGGAGGACCCGGACCAGUCCCUAGGAGGGGAGGACCAGCAGCACCCAGAGGACCACCAAGGGGUGGCAGCCGGGGCCGGUAAAGAAAAAAGAACUCCCAAGACCCUGAGACAAACUUUUUGUCAUGUGAGACAUUCAGAUCUUCUGAUUGGUCCGUACCGAAGCAACGAGGAUUUUAAUGUAAAAUAUUGUAGAGAAUCAUCGUCUCUUUUAUUUAGAGUCACUUCGUCUUGUUGCUUUUUGUAAAAGAUUUCUAUGUUUUGUGUUUUCACUGAGGUGGACAAUAAAGAUUCACACUUCAA